UUUGUUCACUUGUCAAUAAUGAAAUGAAAUGAUGAAUUUUCCUUAACUGAAAAAAAAUUAUUUUCGUUUCAAAAUAAAACACAUGGUUCGAACGUAUAAGCAUGAUGGCAAUAUUAUUAAAUUGUGUUACACUGGGAAUGUAUCAACCUUGUUCGGAUGAUGAAACCUGUACAACAUCACGUUGUAAAAUAUUACAAACAUUUGAUGAUAUUAUAUUUGGAUUUUUUGCUAUUGAAAUGGUCAUUAAAAUGUUGGCAAUGGGUAUUAUGAAUGCACCAAAUUCCUAUCUUUCGGAUACAUGGAAUCGUUUGGAUUUUUUUAUCGUUGUUGCCGGAGCACUUGAAUAUUGUCUUGAUGUUGGUAAUAUGAAUCUAUCAGCUAUACGUACUGUACGGGUAUUACGACCAUUACGUGCAAUCAAUCGUAUACCAAGCAUGCGAAUAUUGGUUAUGCUGUUAUUGGAUACUUUGCCGAUGCUUGGCAAUGUAUUGUUGCUUUGUUUUUUUGUUUUUUUCAUUUUUGGUAUUAUCGGUGUACAGUUAUGGGCCGGUCUAUUACGACAACGUUGUUUUCUUUCAUUACCAGCAAAUACAACAAUUCCAUCCGAUAGACCCGAUCAUCAUCAUAUCAAAGAAAUUUAUAUGGCCCGAAAAUUUCGUUUAUACACAAUAUCAUUAUAUUAUCAAGAUGAAGAUGAUAAUGAAAAAGAUUAUAUAUGCAGUAUGGAUAAGGAUAAUGGAAUGCAUCGUUGUUCAAAUCUACCUAAAUCACGUUAUUAUCAUUUGCUGUGUACGGAACAAGCCAGGCCAUUACCUGAAUUGAAUGAACCAAAUGAUUCAAGUUGUGUUGAUUGGAAUCAAUAUUAUACUGAUUGUCGUCCGGGUGAUCAUAAUCCAUUCCAAGAUGCUGUUAGUUUUGAUAAUGUUGGUAUGGCAUGGAUUGCUAUAUUUCUAGUCAUAUCAUUAGAAGGGUGGUCUGAUAUUAUGUAUUAUAUUCAAGAUGCACAUUCAUUUUGGUCAUGGAUUUAUUUUGUUCUUCUUAUUGUGAUCGGAUCAUUUUUUAUGAUCAAUCUUUGCCUUGUUGUUAUUGCAACACAAUUUUCUGAAACAAAAAAACGUGAAAUGGAACGUAUGCGACAAGAACGUGCUAGAUGUCAUUCACUGAAUUCAUUGGCCAGUUUUAGCCUAAAUGAACAAUUAAAUUGUUAUGGUGCAAUUAUACAAUAUCUAUCAUAUCUAAUAAGAAAAAUUUCACGUAAUUUAACACGUUGGUAUUUAAAACGUUAUGGAAGAAAAAAACAUCGUUUCAAAUCUAUUUCAACAAAUCAUCCACAUCAUCAUCAUCCACAAAAAUAUUAUUGUCAUUGUAAUAGUGAAAGUGUUAAAGGUAAAAAUAUUCAUCAUGAAAUCAGCAGUGGUGGUGGUGGGGGUGAUCAAUGUUCAGCCAUUGUUGUUAUGUCCACCACCGCUAACAAAGAUCAUCAUCAUUAUUCAUCAUCGCGUAAUCGAAAAAAAUCAUCAACAACAUCAACAUCAAAUACAUCCAAUGUGCCUAUUGGUGGUGUUAGUGUUAAUGUGAAUAUGCCACAACAACAACCACCAUCAUUGACAAUCGAUAACAAUGGUGAUAUGUCUGUUGUUAAUGUGGAUGAUUAUCAUCAACAAUCAGCUAUCAACAAUGAUGAUUUGAUCGUCAUCACGCCAACCAAAUCGCCUGAAACAAGCAAAAAAUCAGCACGAAAAACAAAGAAAACAAAUCAGAAAAAAAUUCAUAAACGUUCCAAUAGUAGUGAUAUCAAUAAACAACAACAACAACAAUCACCCUCAUCAUCAUUAUCACCAUCAUCGAUUGGACAUGAUGUUGACCAUGAUGGUGGUUCCAUAUCAAAAAAUUCCUUAUUAUUAAUUUCGGAUAGUCAUCAUCAUUCGCAUUCGCAUCAUGUGAAUGAUUCAAUACCAAGUCUUUAUAGUUUUACGGACAAUCCUAAUCAACAACGAAAUCCAGCAUAUUCUUGUAUGAUUACAUCGAAUCAUCUGCAUUCAAAAUCAAUUAGUUGCCAUGGCCAUGAUCAUCAUCAACCAUUGGCAUCACAAUUAUCUCAUCCAAUUCUAACAGAAUUCAAUGAUGAUGAUAAUAAUGGUGGUCAUCGACAAUCAUCACCAUGUAAAUGUCGUCGACAAUAUCAUCGUAGUGGUGGUCAUCGUGGUCAUCAACAUCAACAACCACAGCAUUAUCAUCGUCGAGGCCAUGGUCGAAGCAAAAAUGAUUUAUCUGAUCGUUUUAGUUGUUCAAGUUCAUUAAGUCAAUCACGUAGUUAUAAUAAUAAUCGUUAUAGUGGUAGAAAUCGUCGUAGUCGUCAAUCAUCAAUGAUAUCAAUAGGUUCAUGUAAUGAUCAAUUUGAACGAUGUUUUUGUUGUUGUUGUCCAACUAGUUGUACAAAACCAAUUGCUGAAACAUGGAAAUAUUUACGUUGUCGAUUAAAAACAAUGGUCAAACAUAAUUAUUUUCAACAGGCAAUAUUUCUUGCAAUUCUAUUGAAUACAUUUUCAAUGGGUAUUGAAUAUCAUAAUCAACCACAAUCAUUAUCACAUGCCGUUGAAAUCAGUAACAUUAUAUUUACUAUUGUUUUUUGUUUCGAAAUGCUAUUGAAAUUAUUGGCCGAUGGUUUUUAUCAAUAUAUUAAAAGUGGUUUCAAUGUUUUUGAUGGCUGUAUUGUCAUACUUUCAUUAUUGGAACUUUUGGAAGAACAUGGUUCUGGCCUUUCAGUACUGCGUACAUUUCGUUUAUUAAGAAUUUUAAAAUUAGUUCGUUUUAUGCCUGCAUUACGUCGACAAUUGGUAAUAAUGUUACGUACAAUCGAUAAUGUUGCCGUAUUUUUUGCCCUACUUAUGUUAUUCAUCUUUAUAUUCAGUAUACUUGGUAUGAAUUUAUUCGGUUGUAAAUUUUGUGAUCGUAAUCCUAUCGAUCAAACUCUGCAAUGUGAUAGAAAAAAUUUCGAUUCAUUAUUAUGGGCAUUGGUCACUGUAUUUCAGAUACUUACUCAAGAAGAUUGGAAUGUUGUAUUGUUCAAUGGUAUGGAACGUUCAUCACCAUAUGCUGCACUUUAUUUUGUCGCUUUGAUGACAUUCGGUAACUAUGUUCUAUUCAAUCUUUUGGUUGCCAUUUUGGUUGAAGGUUUUAGUCAAGAGGAUGAAAUGAAACGAUCAACAUCAGAUUCAAAUGACCCCGUUGAUAGACAAAUCAAACAGGAACGUCUUAUCUAUUUUUAUAGCCAUAAUGAUGAUCUAGAAAGAGAAAUUCAAACACUUGAACAAAAUCCAACAAAUCGAUCAGUUGAUGAUCGAUCAAUUGUUUAUCAUCAUCAUUCAAUAUCAUCGAAAAAAAGUAUUUCCAAUCAAGGUUCUACUGGUGGUGGUGUGGCUUCCAAUCGCAAUAAUGAAUCCAUCAAUAAUCGAAUGUUACCGGAAAUAUCGAUUGGUUCGAUGACUCGUCCAUUAUCAUCAUCAGCAGCAGCAGCUGCUCAAACUGAUAUGAUGGCGCCAGCCGCAAUAACAUCAUCGAUAACAGCAACAACAACCGGAUUAAUACCACCGCCAUUAAUAACACGUACAGCAGCAACACCACAAGGUUCACCACCAACAAGCAGUAUAAGUAUUAGUGAGCAAGGAUUUUUUCCACAAUUUCCACAAAUUGUUUCCAUUCCGACCAAUUCCGUCAAAUCAUCAAUCGAUCUUCCUUUACCACAGCCAUCACCAUUACCAUCAACAUCAUUAUCAUCAUCAUUGUCGAUCGAUGAUCAUCAUCAACAACAACCACAACACCAUCAUCAAUCAAUGCUUAUUGUCAGUUUAAAAGAUGGUGAAUCAAAUUAUAAUCAACCGCCCAUCACUACAACAUCGAUGAUAUUACCAUCAUCGCCAUUACCGACUAUUGAUGGAUCAACGAUCAAACAACGUCCAAAAACCAAACGACAAUAUUCAACUAACAUAGAUGAUUCACAUAGUGCCAUCAUACAACCAUUUCAUGGAUUUCCAUUACGUAAAGAGCUUAGCUGUAUUCAGAUUAGAAAUCUUGGCCUGGAUUCUGAACAGCCAACUGCGGUAACCGCAAUAACAAAACGUCCGGUAACGGCUAAACAACGUCGUAAAAGUUUUUUUCAAUUUCGUCAACGUUCAUCACAAGGUUCGAUGUCGGCAAAUGAACAGAACAAAACCACCUUAGCCACUACCGAUCAAAAUAUUAUUGGUGAAGAUACAUUUUGUCCAAUUUAUGCACGAAAAAAUAUUGUUUUAAGAAGAAAAAGUUUAGCUGCUGAUAUGUUACUACGUUCACGUUCAAAAUCGAUUCAACAUGAUGAUAAUGUUGAUGAUUAUCGUCAAUGGAAUCAACAACCACCGAUGACGACUGGUAGACCUACCAUCGAUAUUCAUUAUCCAUCAAUAUCGAUAUCAUCAAAUAUGUCGGCCGAUUUUAUCGGUGGUGGUGAUAGACGUAAAAAUAGCCUUAUACACGAGAUUCGUGUACUGAGUCCACGAAAUUCAUUGAAAGGAAUAUUUUAUUCAUCAAGUGUUAUAUCAAUACGAAAUUCAAACGAAUUUCCAAACGAUAAUAAUGAUGGUGAUGAAAUGGUAAAACAACAACAACGACGUCGAUCAUCAUUAUCUUCAUCAUCAUCAAUCAUUCAUACAGCAGCCGAAACGGCCACUACAGCCGAAGCAAUGGACAAAAAAUUAUCAUCAAAAAAAUCGAAAACGAAAAAAGCAUCCGAAUUGAAUGAAAAAAUUCGUAAAUUUUGUAUAUAUUUUAAAUGGACAUCAUGGAUGACCAUUCGUGAAGAUUAUUCCUUAUUUAUAUUUUCACCAUCAAAUCGUUUUCGUCGAUAUUGUACAUGGAUUGCUGAUCAUCCUUAUUUUGAUUAUAUUGUUUUAAUAUUUAUUUCAAUGAAUUGUGUAACGCUGGCAAUGGAGCGGCCAAAAAUUCCACCAAACAGUCGUGAACGUGAAUUUUUAAAUGUUGCUAAUUUUGUAUUUACACUUGUAUUCGGUAUUGAAAUGUUGGUCAAAGUUAUUGCUAAAGGUCUGUUUUAUGGUCGAAAUGCUUAUUUCCAUAAUGGUUGGAAUAUUAUGGACGGUUCUUUGGUUGGUAUAUCAUUGUUGGAUAUAUUUUUAUCAUUUGUUGCACAACGUAGUCCACGAAUAUUCGGUAUACUUCGUGUAUUUCGUCUUUUACGAUCAUUGCGACCAUUACGUGUAAUUAAUCGUGCGCCAGGAUUGAAAUUGGUUGUCCAAACAUUGUUAUCAUCAUUACGUCCAAUCGGUAACAUAGUGUUAAUUUGUUGUACAUUUUUCAUCAUAUUCGGUAUAUUGGGUGUUCAGCUAUUCAAAGGAAGCUUUUAUUAUUGUGAUGGCCCUAAAGCAAAACAUGUCCGUAAUAAACUUGAAUGUCUUUCCGAUCCUCGAAAUCAAUGGAUCAAUCGAAAAUAUAAUUUUGAUAAUCUUGGUCAGGCAUUAAUGUCAUUGUUUGUAUUAUCAUCAAAAGAUGGUUGGGUAAAUAUAAUGUAUACCGGUUUGGAUGCUGUCGGUGUUGAUCAACAACCAAUUGAAAAUUAUAAUGAAUGGCGUCUGUUGUAUUUCAUUUCGUUUUUAUUGUUGGUUGCAUUUUUCGUAUUGAACAUGUUUGUCGGUGUUGUUGUUGAAAAUUUUCAUCGUUGUCGUCGAGAACAGGAACAAGAAGAGAAAGCAUUUCGUGCACUGAAACGUGCCGAAAAAAUGGAAAAACGACGUAAAAAAAUGCGUGAACCACCAUAUUUUAUUGGUUAUGGAAAAAUUCGUUUGAAUAUUCAUCGUAUUGUAACUGGAAAAUAUUUUGAUCUAAUAAUAGCAUUAGUAAUCGGAUUGAAUGUUAUUACAAUGUCUUUGGAACAUUAUAUGAUGCCAAUGGAAUUGGAAUUUGCUCUCAAAUUAUUCAAUUUCAUAUUUACCAGUGUUUUUAUUGUUGAAGCAAUAAUGAAAGCUGUAGCAUUAGGUUUAAAACGUUAUCUUACGGAUAAAUGGAAUCAAUUAGAUGUUAUUAUUGUAUCGCUAUCAAUUAUGGGUAUUAUAUUGGAAGAAAUGGAAUCAACAUUCAUACCGAUCAAUCCGACCAUCAUACGUGUUAUGCGUGUUGCUAGGAUUGCACGUGUAUUAAAAUUAUUGAAAAUGGCAAAAGGAAUACGACAAUUAUUGGAUACAGUUAUGCAAGCUCUACCUCAAGUUGGUAAUCUUGGUCUUUUGUUUUUCCUAUUGUUUUUCAUAUUUGCUGCGCUUGGUACUGAAUUAUUUGGCCGUUUAGAAUGUGAUGAAGAACAUCCAUGUCAAGGUCUUGGUGAACAUGCACAUUUUCAAAAUUUUGGUAUGGCAUUUCUAACAUUAUUUCGUGUUGCAACCGGUGAUAAUUGGAAUGGUAUUAUGAAGGAUACAUUACGGGAUAAAUGUGAUCCAUCAAGUGAUUGUUUACGAAAUUGUUGUAUAUCACCAGUAAUAGCACCAUUAUAUUUUGUUAUAUUUGUAUUGAUGGCACAAUUUGUAUUGGUUAAUGUUGUUGUUGCUGUUCUGAUGAAACAUCUGGAAGAAUCCCACCAUCAAAUGGAUGAAGAUGAAGAUUUUGAAAUUGAUCAAGAAAUUGCCAGAGAAAUUGAAGCUGAACGCAAAGCUUUGGCUGAAGCAAUUGAACGUAGAAAACGAGAAAAAAGUUUAAAAGUUCGACGUCCAUUAUUGAAAAUGGCAUCACUGCCAUCGAAUUUUACAUUUACAUUGGCUGAUGAAACAACUACACCAAUGACACCACCGCCAGCUCAACCGGGCUAUCGUCCAACAAUAAUCAAAUCUUUAUCGAAUAAUUUUGAUACAACAACAUCAUCAUCAUUAAAGAAUCGUUCGUCAUCGAAGAAGAAGACCAAGAAUUCAUUACAAAUGAAAAAUAACAACAACCAAAACCAUCAACAAAACAUUAUGGAUUCAUCAAUAUCAUUGAAUAAUGAUGAUGAUGGACGAUCAAAUUAUUUUAAUUUUCCCCCGUCAACAACAACAACAAAUAAAUUGACUAAAUUGAAUGGAAUUCUAAAAAAAUCACAUAGUCUCAAAGUGGCUAAAACAUCAACAACGAUGAAUGGUAAAACAAGUGAACAAAAUUGUCUUCUCGUUACGAUACCCAAGCCGAAACAUGGCCAUGGACAUCUACUUAGUUCAAAAUCAAUGAUAGACAAUUUUAAUGAUUUAAAAUUAUCCAAUGAUGAUCAGUCUCGACGAUUUGUUGAUUCGAUUAGUGGCUUCAAUUCAAAUCAUCCGAAUCCGAAUCGACAAUCAUCAAUCAUUCAAAGUCCACCGGUUAUGAUCAAAAUUGACGACUGUUAUCCAACCAGCAACAAUAACAACAACAAUACUAUCGAUGAAAAAAUUGAUCCUAAAUCGGAAAUGAUGAUAAUCGAUCAUCAUGGUAAUGAUAAUGGCGGUGGUGGUAGCAGUGGCCUUCAUCUUGGCAGCGAUCUAUUAACAACAACUAAUGUAACAACAACGACAACGAUUGCAUCGCCAUCUAGAAUUCAAAAAUAUCGUAAAUUGAGUGAUUUUUUGGAUGAAGAAUCCGGUCCAUUAAGUCCAGCUUUAUUUCGUACAUAUCCAGAAUUAUUCAAUUCAGAUACAAACACCUAUAAUGAUAAUGAUGAUCUUAAUGAAGAUCUUAAUGAUGAUGAUAAUGACCAACAAUCAUCAAAACAACAAAAUCAAAAUAACAACAACAAUAAAAAGAUCGACAACAACAAAAUUAAUGAUAAUGAUCAAGAUAAUACAAGUCUUGCAUCCAUUGAAAGUUGGCCAUCCGGUGAUCCUGAUGAUUGAUUUGAUUUUUGUUUUUGUUAUUUGUUUAAGAUAGAUAUUAUACCCUGUUAAAUGUAAAUUCAAUUAAAUGAAAAUAUUUUCUUUCAAAAAAGACACAGACAGAUUGUUGUGUCAUAAAAUUUGUUAUAAAACAAAAAAAAUCAAAAUUUCUUUAUUUAUAUUCAAUAUUGAAUGUAAAAUAAUGUUUUUUUGUUGUCUAUAAAUU